CGGUGAAAUGUCAGAUGAAAAUGUUGUGCAAACUUAAUCAUGGUGACUGACAAAAAUGAGACUGUUUCAUAUACACAUCUGUAGUGGCCACUAAAUAGACUUAUGGAGUUAGGUUAAAAACCUUUUUUGGAAAUAAUCUUAAAAUGACGUUUCAAAACCUCGAUGAUCGCUUGCUCAUAAUCCGUGACAUUGCUAGUGGAUAAAAAGACAAAACAAAACAAACAAACCAAAAAAAAAAAAAAAAUCCAUCAGAGUGAGACCUCUGCUGCUGCUCCCAGGUGUGACUGACGUGAAGCACACACACCUGUCCAGGUGAGGCUCUGACUGAUUGUCGGUAAGGAAUGUGACGUUGUCAUCCAUCCACUCCACACUGAGGAAACCCAGCAAAGUUUCUUUCUGUCCAGAAAAUUACCAGACUUAUUUUCUCUUCUUUCUUUCUUUUUUUUUUGUCCGUUGGCAUUCGAAGGAUCUUCGAUUAUGGAUAAAUUAAAAUCGGUCCUUAGCGGGGAAGAGUCUCGACGAGAGGACCGCAACAUUUUACAGUCUGUGAACGAAGCCUCCACUUUAGGCUGGGGGACCCGCAUAAAGGGAUUCAUCGCCUGUUUUGUUGUGGGAGCCGCGUGCACAGUUUUGGGAGUAUGCAUGCUGUUUCUGCCCAGAAUUGGUCUCACUCUCUUCAUCGUCUUCUACACAUUUGGAAACAUUUGUGCCCUUUGCAGCACGAUGUUUCUGAUGGGCCCAAUGAAGCAGCUGAAGAGGAUGUGUGACAAAACCAGAGCACUGGCCACAACGAUCAUGCUUACUUGCCUUGUUUUAACUCUGUGCGCUGCCUUCUGGUGGAAGAACUUUGGACUUGCUUUAUUAUUUUGCAUUUUGCAGAUCUUGUCCUUUUGCUGGUACAGUCUCUCAUACAUCCCCUUUGUCAGGGAGGCGAUCAUGAAAGCUGUGGCUCUCUGCAUAAAGUGAACUCCCCCCUCUCCCUGCUGUUUGGAGCAAAACUUGUUGGAUAAAUGUAGGAUAUUAAAGACCGGGAUGAAUGAAGCUGCUCAAAACUUCCUGUUCCAGUGGAAAAAAUUUUUUUUUUGCCUCAACAGAUUCCCAUUUUUUGCCUUAUGAAUCCAGUUGAUUUUUAAUUUUUUUCCCUUGAGUCUGAGGAUCAUUUUGAAGUAAAUCUUUGUAACGGUGGCCUUUUAAUUAUUUUACUUGUAAAUAUCUGUAAAAAAAAAUAAAUACAUUAAAGCUUU